CCGCCGCCUCGCGUUCAUGGAUGUCCAUGCCAUUGAAGUUGAUAUAUACACGUACGUACCAUUACUAAUAUAGGUAUAUGUAACCGACUCUCUGUGUAUCCCAUACGAUAAUCCAAAGGUCGUCCAAUGCUGCCGUUCACGGCGGGCUACCUACUUAAGGGGCGCGACUUUGCUUUUUCCAGCUCGCCCUCCGCAAUCUGAACCCUGCUUGAUCUUCCGUUCUCCUUUCCUUUCCUCUAAGCUUUCGUCCUCUCUCUUCUGAGCCCCGGACGACGUCGCACAACGUCGCACCUUGCGUCAGAGCUGAGCUGGAACGACACGUCGAACACACGAGAUGACCGUCGCGACGCAUCACGAGCCGCCCGCGGCGGCAGCAGGCGAGGGCAAGCUGCAGCCCCGGCUAUCGCGACUGACCAUGGUGGCCCUGACCUUCGCCAUCCUCAACACAUGGAUCGCGCUGGCGGGAUCGAUAGGCCUCGUGCUGCCCUCGGGCGGCUCUGUUUCUUUCUUGUACGGCUUCCUCUUCUGCGUCCUGUGUAACCUGGCCCUGGCCGCGAGCCUCGGCGAGAUGGCGGCCAUCUGGCCCACGGCCGGCGGCCAGUACCACUUCGUGUACGCGCUUUGCGCGGACGGGUGGAAGAGGACUAUGAGCUUCUGGGUCGGUUGGACAAAUAUCGCGGGCUGGCUUACGCUCGUGACGACUGAGGGCUUCUUCGCUGCGCAAUUCAUCCAAGCCGCCGCCGUCAUCGCGUCGAACGGCACCUACGAGAUCAAAGCGUGGAGCACGUACCUGAUCUUCCUCGCGGUCGUGACCUUCACGACCGGCGCCAACAUCUGGGGGAACCGGAUUCUGGGCCGCUGGAACGACGCGGCGCUGUACUGGUCGCUGCUUGGCGUCGUCGUCAUCAGCAUCGUGCUGCUCGCGACGUCGGAGAAGAACGACGCGCACUACGUGUUCGCCGAGUUCGACAACGAGACCGGCUGGUCCGACGGCAUGGCCUGGAUCCUCGGGCUGCUGCAGAGCGCCUUGAGCUUGAUCGGCUUCGACGCCGCGCUGCAUAUGACGGAGGAGAUGCCGCGGCCGGCCGAGGAUGCGCCGCGCGCUAUCAUAUACGCGGUCGUUGUCGGCGGCGUCACUGGCCUCGCCUUCAUCCUCGUUAUCCUGUUCUGCAUCACUGACCCGGCUACUGUGCUGAGCACACCGACGAACAUGCCCAUCGCGGAGCUGAUACUGCAGGGGACGAAGAACAGGGGCGCGGCGACGGUGCUGACGCUCAUGCUGGCCGUCUGCUUCAUCAACGGGACGAACGGCUGCGUGACAAGUUCGAGCAGGCUGCUUUAUGCGAUGGCCAGAGACAAGGGGAUCUUGUAUCACGGCUACUUCGCCCACAUCACUCCAGGCUUAGACGUCCCCGUGCGCACGAUCAUCUUCACCUUCGUCUUCAACGUGCUCUUCGGGCUCCUGUACCUCGGGCCCUCGGUCGCCUUCAGCGCGUACGCGGCCAGCACCACCAUCUUCCUCAACGUGUCGUACGUGUUCCCCGUCAUCACGCUGCUCAUCCGCGGCCGCGGCGUCUUGGCCCACUACCGGACCGAGCACACGUACUUCGACCUCGGGCCCGCCGGGUGGGCGAUGAAUGUCGUCGCCGCGAUUUUCGUUGUCGUUACUUCUGUGUUCUUCUGCUUCCCAACCGGCCUCCCUGUGUCUCCGGAUGAUAUGAAUUAUGUAGUCGUCGUCAUCGGCAUAUUCUUUCUCCUAGUCGGCACAUACUGGAUCGUUGGAGGCAACGUCUUUGAAGGACCCAAAUUCGAGGCUAUCAUCGGACGCGCACCCGGAGAUGAGGAAGAUGUGCAUACUUCAGCCACCGCUUCGGACACCAAUAGUCCGGACGAGAAAGGGGCAAUCCCAAUUUCAUAAGAUGGACGAGUGCGUUUCGUUCUAGUUUGGUCAUUAGAUUAGCAUAUACUCGUAGACUUUGUUUAUCUCGCUUGAAGACUGGAUAGAAUUCAUGAUGUACAGGACCAUUUGCUCGCAGCUAUAAGACUACCUACCUGUAAAAUAGAUACAAGAAGUUUACACCAGACGAUUUACACUUACUUGGUACCUAGGCUAAGCCUGAGACUAAUAAACGCGUGUUCUAACA